UGGAUUCUCUUAGAACAAAUGCCCUGGCCCCGCAUUCCGUCUGUAUUUAUACCCCCAUCAGUUCAAAUCCAUCUCAAAUCGAAGAAUUUAAGGAAAAAGGGUGUGAGAAAGCUGAGCAAGAAGACGAUGGAUGCUAGGGUUUUCAGAUUAGAUAGCCCAAUCUUCUCGUCGCUGCAGCACCUGGUAGAAGAUCUGCCGGAAGAAAUGGAGAAACCUUUCAACGCUCCGACUAAGAGGUAUGUUCGCGAAGCGAGGGCGAUGGCGUCGACUCCGGCCGACGUUAAGGAGCUGCCGUCGGCCUAUGAAUUCGUCCUCGAUAUGCCAGGGGUUAAAUCUGGCGAGAUCAAGGUUCAGAUCGAGGACGGCAAUGUGCUCACCAUUACAGGUGAGCGUCGCCGGGACGAGGAGGACAAGGAAGGCGCAGGAAAGUACCUUAAGAUGGAACGCCGGGUGGGUAAAUUUAUGCGCAAGUUUUCUCUUCCGGAUAACUCCAAUAUCGAAAACAUCUCCGCCGUUUACAGCGACGGUGUUCUGAAGGUUACCGUGCAGAAGCUGCCGCCACCUGAGCCUAAGAAGCCCAAGACUAUUGAGGUUAAAGUUGCUUGAGUCGAUAUGCAUAUCUGAAAUUGUUGGGUUUGUUUUAACCAUCUUUGCAAAGUGGCUGUUGAGGUAUCAUCUGUAUGGUCUGAGAUUGGAUUCUUGUAAUCUGAUUUCAUCCCAAUGGCAUUUUAUCGAUGUAUAGUUUCUAUGAGUAAUGAAAUUUUGUGCGUUUGCAAGUAUUGAAA